CGCGAGUAGUGUUUCAUAACAAUAUUACGUUCUCGCGUAUAAUCGGUAAGUUAGGUGGGUAAUUCGCGUUUAAAUAAUAAUAAAAAAAAAAAACAACUAGUUAUAUACUCUAUAGUUCCAGUACACACCCGAUCUACAGUUAUUAAUGUACCGUCAUUUAUUAAUUAAUUAAGAACACAAAGAGGAACGUUUUAAAAAUUAUUAAGUACUUAAUUCGUAAAAAAACAACAAUUUUUUUUUUGGUGUAUAAACAUGUAGAAAUUGUUUUCUAUUCAUAGCUGUUUUACGGAUUUUUUUUAUAGGAAAAAUGUCUCCGUUAUUAUAAGUUUCGGCUUCGUUUAAAAAAAAAAAAAAGGAGAAAAAGGUAGGUAUAAAUUAUACUUUACGCUCUAUACUAUAAUAUUUUUACUGCGGUUGGUUAUUAUAAUUUUUUAGUUCUCAACUCAGGGCCGGAUUUAGACUUUUGGAUGCCGGGGAAAAUCUUUUUUUGAGGUCCAUAGGGAAAAAAAAAAUUAAAAAUACACAAUAUCUAAGUAGUUGAGGAAAAAAUAAAAUAUUUGCAGACUUGCACGUUAUAACUAUUUACUUAAAAUGUGUUUAUUACAAGUUUGAAAGGCUGCUGUUUCGUGUCUCACAAAUUUCAAAAUUCAUUUAUAUAGCAAUAUUUUAAAAGUAAAAAUAGGUAUAUUAAUCUCAUAGCAUUUUAUUUAUUUAUAAUUUAUUUUAUUUAACACCCCAAAGGGAUAAUGAGUACAGAAUAUUAUUAUAUAAUACAUCAAUAUUUAAAACUACUUAAAACUAUUUAACACUAUUGGAAUACAAUCACUUCAAAACAAUAUCCUCAAUUUAACAAGUGAAUUAAAGCAAAAUCAAAGUUACUGUUACCAUGAACCAAAAGUCGAUUCUCCGGACUAUUAUCAAUUAAGUUGUUGUAUUUAUUAAAAUUUUGAAAUUAAAUCUUCACACUGUUACAUUAGUAAUUUCAAAACCAAAAUGACGGACAUACUUCGUACGAUGGAUGCAGCCACUGUUGUUGGUGAGAGGUUGGGAUAUAGAGGGAAAAUUAAUUUGUAUUUGUAAGCAACGAUAAACUAUUGCUUAUUAAAAAUGAUUCUCAGCAGAGUUCAGUUGAUGGUGAUGCUAUAUUAACAAUUUAUACGUCAUAUAUAUAUAUAUAUAUAUUUUCUUUAAUAUUAUUUGUUUAAUAUAAAUGUACCGAUUUUCCCAUUUUACUACUUUUUUCCUAUUUUUUCCCGGUUUUUAUAUUUUUUUAGGAAAACUCUUGAGAAAUCGAAAAAUGGUCUCCUUAAAGUACCUUCCCAAUCAGAUUUUUUUUCAGAAAAAGUGCUGUUAUUGUAAAUUAAAUUAAAAUUGUUGAUAGAAAAGUUGUUCCUAUGAAAAAAAGUUCGAAAUAUUUUUCAACUAAUACCUACAUUUCGUAUAUUUUCCCGUGUUUUCCUGGUUUUUUCCACUUGUUAAGAACUUUUCGAAAAAUAAAAAUUGAUUCCUUUAAAGUACCUCCUCAGUAAGAUUUCUUUUUAGAAAAAGUACUAUCAUUGUGAAUUAGAGCAAAAUUGCUGGAAGAAAAGCUGAUCACAGAAAAAAAAAUCAUAAUAUUUUACUAAUAUAUUUCGUACAUUUUCUUGUUUUUCUCCGUUUUUUUUUAUUUUUCACAUUUGAUGAGAACUCCUGAGAAAAUUUCCUUUCAGAAAAAGUUCUAAAUCGUAUACAUCAGAGUAAGCUUUCUAGUAGAAACAGUGUUCACAAAAAAAAAAAAAAAAACAAUAAAAACAAUAAAAAUUUUUGUAUAACUGAUAUAUUAUUCGCUAUACUCAGAAUCUAAAAAACUUAAUGUAAUUACGCAUACACGACUAUAUAAAACGGAACACAUGCAUGCACGCAAUAGUUCGAUCACUGGACAAUGAUCGAUUGAAUAAGCUGUUAAGUGUUUAUUCAUUUUAUUCAAAAAUAAAUCAUAUAACCAAUAGAACGUUUAUACCUAUAUACUAAAAUAUUUUGUAAUCGUUGGAUGCCCCAUUGCCUCGUGUCUCGUGAAAUCUUGACGUAUUAAUUUGCAGCCGAAAUCAUAUACAUUUAUUGGGGAGGUACUUUAGAGAGGUCGUUUAUCGAUUUUAUCCAGAGCUUUCUCUACAAAUAUGAAAACUAAGAAAAAUUAUGGGAAAACUAGAAAAAAACGUGGGAAAAUCGGAGAAAUCGGUACAAGAUUAAACAGAUAUUAAAAAAAAUAUAUAGUCUAUUUAAUUAUUUUACUAUAAUAUAGCAUAUAUAUAUAUAUAUAUUUUUGACAAAGUAUCGCUAUCAAUUGAACUCCACUCAGAAUCGUUUUUUCGUAAACAAUGGUUUAUCGUUGUAGGUAUACAUUAAAUUACCUAUAACAGUGGUAGCACCCGUUCCUGUUAUCCCAGGACGUCUUUUGUGAAAUAUUGUGUUCAUGUAAAACAACCAAAUUAACCAUUGAAAUAGGUUUUUAACUUUUUGGGAACGACCUCAUUGAUGUUGAUACAAUAUUAUUCUCUAAAUCAGUAGAGCAGUAACGAUUUAGUUCUGGAGGGUGGGAUGGAUAAUUUGUUAGAUAAACGUCGUUAGGGAGCGUUUCCACGUCGAACAUUAGAAACUAUUAGUUUUACUAAGAUGUGUUUUCCUCAGAAAAAAUAAUUUUGGAUUGUAAAAAAUAAUCACAUUUUUUUUCAUGCCGUACAUUAAAAGAUGCGCAUUUCCGCCUUAUGGUCUUUACUUGUGCCUAUAUUUACUCGCACUUCAUAAACUGUAAGAAAUAAGUUGUUAGGCUCUAGCAAUUGAGUUGGUGACUACCGUUAACUAUAUCAUAAAUAUCUUUACAAAAUAGGUAUACUAAGGUAUAUUAUUAAAAAAAGUUUCCGGGUGGGAUCUAUCUUUCCUCAACAUAAAUACGCUACUGCUUUAAAUAAUAUAAUGUUUAAUAAUAGCUUGUAAUCGUGAAAGUACAGAAAUUCGUAUUUUACUUUAUUAUAUUUUUUUAUUAAAUUUAUAAUAAUACAUUUUUCGAAAAAAAAAAAAAAAAAAAAAAACACCAAUCAGGUUGUCUUUGAAAUGUUGUCGUCUACAAUUUUAUAAUGGGCGUUUUAUCACUAAAAUCAGUUUUAGUGGUAUUUUCACUUGUUUAACGUAAACACAUUUUUCCUUUAUUGCCCGUUAGAAAAAGAUAGAUACAGCAAAUGCCACUGUGACUGUCUCUUAAAGGUCCCUAUAUACAAAAUUUGUUUUCUUUCACAAUUUGUUUACACACUAGAGCAAGACUAGACAAGUGUUGCCAGUUGUUUUUGUUUCCUUGGAAAAACUGGAACAUUUAUACACAUAGGUACUAUUCAUAUCACAGCAACAAAUUUCGAAUAAAAACUCAAUAUGAACAAUUCAAAAUCCGUUGCUCUAUAGUUUUGCAACAAAAUGUUCAAUAUUUUAAUAUAGUCAGUACUAGAAUUAAAUAAUUUUUAGGUUAAAUACAUGGUAAAGUAACGUUGAGGUUUUGUCAUUAUAGAGAAUUUCUUUAAAUUUAUUUAGGUUACCACGAUUAAAGAUAUUUAUUAAUUUUUAUGUUUAAUCGUGGUAGUUAUUUAUAAAUUUUCACGUGACAACGCGUGACUGAAGCAUUCUGUUCACAUUGACUAACUUGUCCCUUUCUCUCACUAUUUGAUACCAAUUUUGCAUUGUUCAAUAGAAACAUAUUUCUCCGUGUGUCGCUUUUAACCGAAACACAAAACAAACAGCAACUUUUAUUACUGGUACCAUAAACAUGCAGUGACAUUUGCUAAACAUUUGUCAACUUUUGAAUUAGCAACAUGUUGCAACUGAAAAAGUUGCUAUACAUUACUCUAGUGUGGACUCGGCUUAUGUAAUAAGCAACAUAAACAUUACGUAUCUAAUUGAUUGUCUGCUUGAAUUUAGGGCAAAGGACCUAUUAUAAUUACGUAUGUAAUAAUAUAAAUCUAUAAUUAUUAAUAAUAUAGAUAAUAUUAUUAUUGUUUUUAAUACUUUAUUAUUGUUACGCCAUAAUGUGGAUUAAGUUUAUGAUAAUACUAUUGAUUAUAAUAUAGUCUUUAUAUAUAGUCUUUAGAUAGUAUAGGUACCUACUCGAAUAUUAGGCGUAUUAGUUGAUAGGUACUUAAUAACACUAAACAGCAGUAACAAAAAUGUAAAUCAAACGUUAAUGAAAAACUAAUUAACUUAUUACUUAGAUAGGUACCAAAAAUGAUAGCGUUCAACCUUGUUGAGUCAUAAAUAAGUAGUAGCUCAUUUAUAUAUAAUUUUUUUUAUGGUUAUCAUAAAUAAUUUUAGCACAAACACUGUCUAUUCUCGUUAGUAACUAUGCAAUUAUCGUUCAACGUCAAUAAUUGUAUUACACUCGACUCAUGCCAGCGAACUUUUUGAUCACAAUUCGUAUUCAUUUUUAUUACAAUACACACCCAAAAAGAAAACACCGGUGACAGAGCUCUGUCACUACAAUAAAAUAUACCGCCACAUGUUUUAUUUUUUGUAUUACCUAUAUAAAUAUUCUUUUUAAACAAUAGAUAACCAAAUACUAUAAUAAUGCAAUAUUAUACUAUUAUAGUACUUAAAAAAAUAAUAAUAAUAAUAGUGGUAUUUGGGCAUAAAAAUAGUGCGCGCGCGGAGUUUAAAAGCUGAAACUCAUAAAAAUGUAUUUUUCACACUAACGUGUGUGAAGAACGCCAUGAAUAAACAAAAGUCCAUCCUCAUAGCUUCAUUUAGGAGAGGUUCUAUGGGGUAUUUAAAGAUAAAAAAACACACUCUACUAUAAUAACGUGGGAAAAUUCAAAUUUCCAAAUUAAACCCGAAUUUAACGCUUCAGAAUUGAAGCCUAUAAAACAAUUUUGUUAUUUUAUUAUCUAGAAGAAGCCGCUAAAAAUAUACAAAAGUAUCGGAAAAAAUAUAAGUAUAUACAUAAUUAUAACUGUGUGUUGUGCAUACACUGCAAUAUAGCCUUAGUUUUCGGGGAAGAUUCGACAAAAAACAAAUUAAGUAUAGACAAUAAUGAAACUAAUUUUACGAUUCAUAAUUUAUGACUACAAAUAAAAGAAUAUGUAGGUUGAAAACCUACGUAUUGAUAAAGACCGCGCGAAACAGUAGUAUAAACAUAACAAAACUUUAAUCAAAUAUACAAGACCGGCGAUAUUGAUUAAUAGCAGAACGAUACGCCCAACAAAACAAACAGAAAAUAGCAUUAUCGUCGUUAUUUACAUAUCACUCAGUCAUCAGGGUUGAAUUUAGAUACCUACCUAAUAUAUUAUGUUUAUUUUCGAUGCGUAGUUGGAACUUUUUAUUUGUUGCAGACAGUAAUAAAACUGUAUAUUAUUGAUCUUUUCUAGUCGUGAUAACAUUUUGACAAAAAUUCUACCGAUUUUUGAGUUAUUUUUAGGCAUUUAAUAUGUAUUUGAAUUUAGUUUAGUUUUUAUUUAGUUUAAUGUCAAUGAAAUUGUCUAGCCAAAUAGAAAUCCUUGAAAAUUCAACACUCAAUUUAUUAUAAGAUUUACUUAGAUGUAAAAAAAAAAAAUUUAUUUAUUAAUGUAAUAGUUUUUUUUAAAACACAUUUAAGUUUAAAUUUUUACGGAAACCAUGCAAAUUAUGGUAUUUCAAAACAUGUUUAACUGAUUUUUGCUCAGAAUCGUAUUUUUAAAUUUAAUCAUUUUAGUUUUUACUGUAGGUAAAAUAAAUUGUUUACUUUUGAAACAUCUUUGUCUUAUAAAUAGGGCCCGGAUAUCAAUACAAAAUGUUUAUUUUUUGAGUGAUAUUAGACAAUGCUUCCUAGUAUAUUAUUUGAUUUAUAUAAUAGACUUCAAAGAUGAACCUUUUAUUUUGCCUUUUUUCCUUUUUCUUGCAUUUUUCGAAGUUUUUUCAUUUUAAGAACAUUUUUAGUAUUUUUCGGUCAUUUCUUUCGUUUUAUUGUAUAUUUGCACAUUAUACGAGUAUAAUAUAGUAUAGUAUUUAUCCAUAAAAUGACCAUCGAUUAAAUAUACAUGGUAUAUUGAAUCUAUGAUACGCCUUAAUAAUUUAAAUUUAGCUAAUUCAAAAUAUUAUCCAUGUUUUUCGGGUUUUCCAAUCAAUCAGUUAAAUACAGCCCCUCAGUCAACACUAUCGUCGCUAGUCACAAGUCAAUUUUUUAAUUUUGUGUUUUUAUUUUUAUAUUAAAUACAAAUAUUAUCCAAUAAAACAAUAAAUUAAAAAAAAUUAUUGGUAUAUCAUUUUUUUAAGGGCGUUUUCACGGUAAUUCAUUUUUUAAAUUUUUUAACUUUUUUUAGAUCAUUUUUCGAUGAUUUUUAGUGCAUUUAAAUACAGGUCCUAAUUAUAAAUAUUCAGAAAUUUCUAAAAGAAUUUUUAAAAAUUAUUUCCCUCAAUUAAAUCUUGCUACUUCAACAACUUUAACAAUCAUCAUUUUCUUUUUUCUUGUCACGUCAUAAAUAAUAUUACGCAAAAGAGUAUAAAAUAAUAAAUAUUAUAUUUUCGUGAAUAAAAUACCGGUUUAAAUAAGAAGGCGAUUUAUUAAAAUUGAUUUGUGAAAAAUUAAUGAACCUACUAUAAAACGAUUUAAUUUUAACUUUGUGUUUAUGUAUAUCUUAAUUUAAACGAACAACUUAAUAUGGUUAUUUUUAAGCCGGCAUUUAUUUACAUAUUUGUCUGUUUUUCGCAUUUUAUACACGUCACAAAAGUGUUUAUCAAGAUCUUUGGUGUUUUUCGAUGAAUUCGAAUAACUUCACAACAUGAAAAUGGCAAUUAAAUUUGUGAUUUUUGUAAAGCGGAUAUUAUUAUGUUUGUAUUGGGAAGACGAUGCGAAUACUAAUGAACGUAUAGCGGUUUCUUUGUACAGUAGAAGCCGUAUAUCAGAUCGACAUUUUUUUUUUUUUUCAAUCUGGAAUAAAACAAAACAUAUAUUGUGUCGUAAACAAUAAUAAUUAUAGAAAGCGGGCAAAAUUAAUGAUUGAAAACUACACAGUAGUGCGACCAUCGGACGUCUCGUUUUCGCGGUUAUUCGUGCGAUUAACUCCUUCAGGCGCCGAUAAAAUAUAAAUUUGUGAUCCGGCGGAGGAAGGGAACUAUCAAUCAUCCUCGAAAUUCUGAAACGUCAGAUCGAUUUUUAGUAUUCUGUAGGCUGUGGCAACUCUGUCCGAGGCAUUUAGCUUCUAAACGAAAUGGGAUUUUUGCUUAAAAUGCACACGCAAUAUUACUGAUACUAGUCAUCAGCCACUUAAAUAAAAAAAUCUUAAAAUUGAUAUAGUUUAUUGUAUGAUGGGUGACAUGAGGAGUUGUGAGUAAUUUACGAACGUAACGAACGAAUUUACGGAAAACAUUCGCAAAUAAAUAUUAUAUAAUAUAUUGAUAACACUGAGCCAAGAUAAUUUUUGAUCAUGAUUAAAAAAAAAUUCUCACUAAGAGUAUAAUUUAUAUGUUUUACAUAGAUCUGUGUGUUCUAUGUCACAACUCGAAAACAUAUUGCGAUUUUUUACCUAUUUGGCACUGGUCUUAGCCUAUUUUCAAAAAUGAAUUUGAAAACUUUUAAAUAAAAACUUUUAAACUUAAAAACGACUGGGCAUAGAAGAUAAAAACUAUCUUAUUAUAUAAUAUACUUUUAAAAUGUUCUCAUAUUACAUAUAACCACGAGUACGUGGUCCAACACGCAUUUUUCCGUUUUAUAUUUUUAUUUUUAUAGUUAGAUCAGUUUUAAUAAAUUCAACCAUAUGUGAUAAGAUUGAAGUCAUAAUACUUAUUAAUAGUCAUUGAUAAUUAUUGAAAAAAAUGAAAGCCUUCUCUAUGCAAUACUACACAAAUCUAUGUAGACGCAUCAUAUAGUAAUUUAAUUAAAUGCUUAUUGUGUGUCAUGCGGUAAAGAAAUCGAUUUUUAAUUUAUAUGUAAAUUAAAAACGUAAAACUAUCGUCACACCCGGUCGGCUUCGUGAUAAAAGUUCUUAACUAUAUAAUAGUUGAAACCCGGGUUUCUGUAGGUAUAUUAUUAUACUAAUAUACUAGUUCGGUCCACAAUAUGACAUUUACCCCAAACAUAUAUAUGUUUUGGUCUCAAGAAAGAAGGGCUUAAGUAAAUUUCAUUAAAAACACAAAAAAGUAAGUAAACCUAUAGUAAAAUGUUAGACUUAACUAGUAACCAGUGUAUUACCUGAAUAAACCCGAGACCCAAACUAAUGUAAUGUACUACCCGUCAUAAUCACUAGGACCUAAAAUACAUCUGUUAUCAGAGUACACACUUUUUAAUUUAACUGUAACUUUUGACAGGUUUCCAUAGGUAGCAAAAAAAUAAACCUGUGGGGGUCGUAACAUUCAAAAUUAUCUCCUCUUUUGUAUACCGCUUAGCGUAUACAUUUAUAUUAUUUAUAUGACGUUUGGACUAAAAAUGUACAAAAUAAAUAUAAAUAAAAGUCCAGAAUAUUUUAUUAAUAGUUAGCAAAUGUCAAUAAUCGGGAAAAACGUAGGAAAAAUGGGAAGUCGGUACAAUAAAUAACAAAUAUUAUUUUUGAUAGAUGGCUGUUUAUAAUGUUACGAAAAUAUUCGUAAAAGUGAAGCGAACGACUAAUCACUGUUUUCGCAAUUGGAACUUCAUAUUCCGUCUGGUAUUGACAAUAAUUAUUAUUGUACUCGGCUGGUCACAAAUAUUUAAUAACAAUAACGACACGAAGAUAUUAGGAAACACCAGAUUCGCUUCAACGACGAUAAAAACCGCCCGAGAAACUCAAAAGGUAUAACAGUAUUAUAUAAUAUGUAAAAACACGAUUUUAGUAUUAUCAUUGAGUAUUGUAUAUUGAUUACCUACAAUGAAAUUUGAAAAAAAAAUUCACAACGAAUAGGUUGGAUUCACUUUUAGAUUCCGAACAAAGUGUGGAAGCUAUUAAGUUUUCAACGAUUUGUGUUUUUGUAUUUUUAAUUUAAUUAAAUUUUUUUCAAUUAUACUUUUCAGUACAACAAAAAUAACCAAUAAUAUAUUAAUUUAACACGAAUGACGGUACGUUAAAAAAAUAAACGUUCAAAUUUUCCAGUUCAAAACUCCGAAAAUUAAUUGUUAGAAACUGGAAAAUAUAACGAGAAAAAUUCAAUAUUUUAUUAUUUUAACUCUGACCGCCUCGGAAUUAUUUUUCAAACGUAAUAAUUUAUCGCUGUUUAAACAGUGUCUAGUAUUAUAUUGUACACCAGUCUAAUACCUGUGUGCGCAAAUACAAAAAUAAAUAGAAAAAAUUAAACGAUUUAUCAUCAAAUGUAUAAAUAUAUCGCCGCUUUCGGUGUUCAGAAAAAAAAAAAAAUGAAAAAUUACAUCUGUAUCCCUGUACCUUCUCAAAACAGUUUUUCAACUUAAAAUAUACGCGACUAUAAGAGUAUAUACGUAUAAUAUUUCCGCAAUUAUUAUAAUACCUAUUUCAGUUAUCGGAAAACAAUAAUCCAUUGGAAACGGUGAGCAUUAUUGCAUCACUCGAUAACGACGACAAUGAGGAUUUGUAUAAUAUACGGUUAAAACGAAUUGUUAAACGACUGAACACUAGGCAAACUGUACGCAAUCUACAUAAAUAUGGACCGUUAACAAACAAUUCUUUAAUCAUUGUUGUACAAGUAUGAAAAAUGAAAAUGUUAUUAUUUUAUAUUAUGCUUUGUGUUGUUCGUUAUUAUAUUGCAGUGUUCGCUGCUAUUGAUUUUGUCGAGGUCCUGCAAUUGUGACAGAGACCAUAAAAUAUACUAUAUUUACAAUUUUAACCAGUUACCGAAAAACCGUGUAAUUUAUUUUUUCUCGUAAUAUUUACAAGCUCUGGAGUUGGUUUGUGUUCGGUUAGUUAGGUUAUCGCUACAGAUUUUUUGUAUAAGCGCAUAAACAAUUCCAAUUUAUAAUUUCAAAUUAUUUGCAAGCCGCCUUCGAAUUACAGUCCUAUCCGUUCCCUCCAAUAUUAGUAUCGUAAAAAAUAUUGUAAUCACAUAAUAAUAAUUAUAUAAUUCGAUUCAAUAUUCUCAGUUUUAUACAAAUAUUAAUGUACACAAUAUAAUUCAAUUAACUGACAGCAGAUAAAAAAAUGUUUUGUAUACGUAGACAAUGGUACCGUGAAGUUUUUUUUUUUCUAUAAAGCAGUUGCAGAAAAAUGUCAUAAAAAAUUCACAUAACAACUCAAGUCUAAAAAAAUCGGGUGCUGUAACCAAGGCCACCUAGACAUUUCUGUUACUUCUAUUUUUUGUUAACUUAUCUAAUGAAAAAGUUCCACAUCACAAACUAACCCACCUACCUGAUUUGGUUAUGACACAGCUGCUUCAUAAGAUAACCAUUCAAGCCGAUACUGUACAUAGAUACCUAAAAUAUCAAUAUUAAUUCGUAUAGUGUUUCAGUAAAAUUAUUUAGAAUAUUCACUAUAACGUGUAGUUUGAAUUCCUGCAGGUAAACACUCGUAUAAAUUAUCUGUAUGAAGUCAUCAAUAGUCUAUCAAAAGCUCGUGGAAUUGAGGAUGUAUUGUUAAUAUUCAGUCACAAUUAUUAUGACGAAAAAAUCAACAGAUUGGUAAACGGGGUACGGUUUUGCAAGACGAUGCAAAUAUUUUUUCCAUAUUCCACACAAAUAUAUACAAACGUGUUUCCCGGUCAAACUUCGUAUUACGAUUGUCCACGAAACGCGGCCCGAGAAAGGUAAGCAAAAUUAAAAAUGUGGCCCUAUAUUAAGUAUAGAAACGGUGUCUCAUCUCUCAUCCUUCAGAAUAACAAUAUAAGGAUUAUCGAAAUGUAUUAUUUUAGAUUCUGAGUUUAAGAAAGCAGCUAUUAUAGUUUUACCAAGAUGUGUGUUAAUAGUAAAUAUGAUAAAAUUCUAUUUUAUCUUAAACAAUGUUCAUUAAACGAAUGGUAACACUUUAAUCAAACAAAUUAUAGAAUACCGACAGUUUUUCUAAUAAAUUGAAAAAUUGACAGAAAAUUUCGAUAGGGGGGGUCCUUUGUUUUUAUUUUUUUUUUAAUUCUGAGCUACAAAUCUAAUAAUAUAACAUUAUACCAGUUUACCAAAGUCUACUCAGAAUCGUUUUUUUUUUUUUUUUUUUGUUUAAUGAAUUAUUGUUAUUUUUCAAUAUAUAAAUUAAAUCAUAAACCUUCUCAUCUACAACAGUAAAAUCCAUGCCUCGGGGCGAUGAUAAACUCUUACAAAAUUAGGUAAUCUCCUAUUUAGGCAUAGUGCACGUAAACAACUACACUAUAUAUUAUAGUGUUAACUCUUACACCGGAUAGUAUUAACUGCUACUCAAGAUGGUGUAAUACUGUAAUAUCUCACACUAGUUAGUAUAAUAGAAAGUUUGAAAAAUAAAUGUUAAUCGUUUUAUAUGUUGUGUUAAAUACAACCAGAACCACCCGAUUCACAGAAUGUUACAUUUCCAUAACUCUUUUUAUUACCUCUACUUAAGUUUUAUUCACCGCAUAUGCACUAUAACUUAUUAUUUAUGUGUAAAACACUGUGUUUCUUUUUGUUGUUAAAUGUUUCUGUUUUAUUUUCAUUUUUGCUAUUCUCAUUAUAUAGUUAUUAUUACUAAUCUGUCAAUGUAACUUGUCAAUCUCACUGAACCAUGUAACCGGCGAACUGGCGUUAAUUAAAUAAAUAACAUUAGUAUUAAAGUUAUGAUUGAUACAUUAAUACAUUUUUAAAUCUUAAUAUCCAAUAAUCGAUUUAAAAUUUAUUAUAUCCAAAAGUAUAAAAACACAUAUCUACUCAUAUAUGUUAUACGUGUAACAAGUGUGUAAGAUACGAUACAAAUUACCAAUUCUAAACUUAAAUAUGUAAAAAUGCCUGUGUAGUGCGUAGGAGAUUACACUAUUUCCGUAUUUCGAAGAUUAAACAUCAUUUUACAUUACUAAUCGCUCAAUAAUAAUCAGAAUAAUGUAUAGACUUUACAAAUUGAAUAAUUUAUAACUACUUAUUUGUUAUUAUAUUCUAGUGUCUAUUUUUCGCAUUUUUAAUUUUCAGGAAAUUGACCUAUACCAAUCGUGUAUAGGAUAUUAGAAAAAAAAAGUAAAUAGUAUGCUCUCCAACGUGUUAGAGUUAUGAUGAUACUAUUACGGUAUAUGUUAUAGAACGGAAAAAAUGAAUUGUUUCAAUGCCACUGCCGAUCAAUAUGGACAUUAUCGAGACGCGAAUAUUACUCAGGCCAAACAUCACUGGUGGUGGAAAAUUAACAUGGUAUUCGACCGGCUACGAGUCGUCAAAAAUUACUCGGGUAUAAGUUUGAAUUGAAUUGAUUUUUUUAAUAAUCUAAAUAAUAAUAUAUAAUAUAGGUAAAAAGUACCUUCACAUUUUUUUUAGCAAAUCAACUGAAUAGUAUCUCGAAUAAUUAUUGUUCGCCGUGACUGCAAGUGUAACAGUAACGGGCGCCAUUUCGGAUUUUAAAGAGCUACGGGAUACGAACAUUUAAGGCAAUUAGUGUCUUAAAAUUAAAAUUGUUAGUAAAUAACAUUUUGGGUGGACGUCAUAUUAACUAAAAAUAUUCAUUAAAAACAGAAAACCCAUGUAAAAUCCAGACGAUUUUAAUUUAAUUUUAUAAUCGCCACUACCCCCGUUUUCCAACCAUACCAACUACAUAUGUGGUCAAUACUGUUAAUAGGUAAUCAUCGAUAUUACCUUUAUUACCAUCAGUGGCGUCAUUUGGACCACGCAAGGUAUACAUUUGCAUAUUUAAAAUCCAAUAUUCAAGGCCCAGUGUUAUAAAUUGUUUGGCCUAAAUAAAUAAUGCCUGAAUAAUGAAUAAUGGCUUGCGCAUUAUCAGUCUGCGCGUAUUCUAUUUUCAAAUUAGUAUCUUGUUUCUUCUUUGCAUUAAAACUGAAAAUAUGAUUUUGAUAUUACCUACGUAGAUAUCGUUGAUGAUUAUCAAGUACUUUAUAAUCGCGAUGAUUCGGGAAUAAAACUCUAUUAGUUAGUACUUAAUGUUCUAUUACAUUUUUAAUAGAUAUGUGAAUUAUUUUAUUUUUAUAUUGAAAAUUCUAGACAGGGUUUGUGGCCUCCAUAAUCAUAUUUGUAUUAAAAAAGACAAUUGAAAUGACGCCACUGAUAUAACAUUGAUAAUACGAUACGAUUGGUACAGACCCAACGUAACAUACGGAUUAUAAAAAUAUGUUACCUAUGCGUACCUGAACCAGCACAACAAUACUGUUCAUGUUACCUAGUCUAUACGAGAUACGGCCAUAAUUGUUAUACGUAGAAAUUACAAUAAUAAUUAUUUGUAUUAUUGUUAUAUUAUUUAUUUAUUAUUUAUUAUAUAAUAACUAUAUCGUUUUUCGGUAGUUAUACAUUUUUUAUAUUUACACAAUCGUCAACUUUAUAAAUACUUAAUAUAGGAAUAUCGAUACAUUCGAAUCCAUUUUUAUUACGAAACACCCGUUUACAAAAUAAACGAAUCUAAACGUGUAGAUAACUAUGUCAUUAUGAUGUUAAGUAGUAAGCUAAUAUUAAUGAUUUAGAUAUUAUUAUGUUACGUUUGUUCGACUAACACUGUAAUGACUGCUCAGGUUUGAUAUUAUUUAUGGAAGAAGAUCAUUACGUGGUGGAAGAUUUCAUACACACACUGAAAUUAAUGCAAAGGACAUUGUCGCAAAGUGAAAUAUUUUCUAUGGGAGUUCACAGCGAUACAUUAAUAUUUUUCAGAAAACCACAGGUACAGUAUACUCGUAAGUGGUUAUAGUUAAUCUUUUUAACUAUUUGUCUAAAUAUAUUAUCGCCUCGUUACAAUAACAAUGAAUACCUACUUCCGAGGGUUUACGAAUAUUUACUAGAUAGAAAAUUUAAUAUGUUCCGAAAUAACGCCUGCGAUAUUCCAAUUUCAUUAUCAUACUCGUUUAAAUUAAUACAUUCUCGCGGGAAAUUCUGUAGGUAUAACAAAAGUGCCACCGGUGGGUGUUAUUAAUUUUCCUAUCAAUUUUAACCGGGAUAGCAAAAAAACGGUGUUUUUUUUUUUAUUAUUAGAACCGCAGUUUUUUAAAUAUCAUAUUAUAAUAAUAGUCGCUUUUAUAAAUAGAAUUUCUUCAUACAUUUUAUGAACGAAAUAAGAAUUUAAAAAAAUGCUACUUCUCUAGCCAAAAGUUAUAGGAACGGUUUUAUUUGGUUUAGGUAAAUAUUUUAAAAAUGAUUAGGAACUACAUAAAUACCUUCACUCUUCAGAAAUAUUAGUUAUUAUAAUUUUUUAACGUUUAAAACGUACCUAUUGAACAAGAGUUUUAAGUAAAAUUGUUAAAAAAUUUCGAAAUCCUGAUUCUAACACUGUUGUUAACACUAAUACCACACACUAUGUUUUUAAUUAAUUAUAGGAUAUUAUAGAGAUAAGUGUACAUAUUUAUAGCUCCCGUUUAUCCUGAUGCGGUAUGUCAUAGGUAGGUUUUUAUUGAAAUAAAAAAAAAAAAAAAUAAAAACUCUACAUGUUCAAUCUAGAAUUUAAGAAUAUUUAAAACUAAAUAAUAAUAACUUGAAUUGAAUAAUUUAACUGCGAAACUUGUUUUUUAUACUUAAUGUAAUAUUAAAAUACCUAAUUAUGAUUUUAUAAUGAUAUAGUCCUGAAAUGUAACCGAGUUACUCAUUAUAACAAUAUAAUAAAUUAACCUCACUUAUCUCACUUGUCUAUCGACGAUUUUUGACUAGCUUAAAUAAUUUGAAAAACUAUAAUUCUCGUUUCUGACUUCGAGUGCACACGACAUAAUAAUAUAGGAUAAGUAUUUAUGGGCAGCAUAAUAACUACAAAGUUUUUGACAUUUCAGACAUGGACCUUUGCGUGUGUUAGAUAUCGGCAUGCAACGAAACUGACACACACACAUAGUAUUUUUUAAUAUUCUACGUUUUGUUAUUUUAAUUUGUCUACGUACAUUUCAAAUAAAAAUUCUAUGUACAUUGUACCUGAAUAAUAAACAAAUAUUUUGACAUUAAUAUUAUUAUUAUUUGCGUAGCUAUUAUAAUAAUUAUAAUAAUUGGUUAUUAUAAUAAUUACUUUGUAUGUAGUGACGUUAACAGUAGUGGCGUGAAGUUUUUUUUUUCCAUGAAACAGUUUUAGUAAAAAUGCAAAUAUCGUCCAGAAGAAUCGGAAGUAGAAAUUAAGGCUACUAUACUCCGUGCCACGAGAGAACGCACGCGGCUCGCAUAUCCAAAUAAUACAAUUUCUCCCACUAUUGAGUUCAUUGAUCAAUGUUUUUUAGUGGGUAUACACGAAAAUAUACGAGUUUUGGUUCAUCGCCAUAUGCGUUCUCUCGUGGCCCGGAGUAUAGAUGUUCCUAGUAGCCUCAACUUCCGAAGCGGAUAGGCACCUUAAAAAGAAGAUGAUGUUCCUAUUCAAUUUUUCAUGAAUUUUUAACAUUUUGUGAGUUUUGAUAAAUUGCCACACCCACACCUACUCACCUAAUUUAUUCAUGGAGCAUCUGCUUCAUAAAAUACCCAUUCACGCUGCCACUGGACGUUAACAUGUUUGGUAAAAUCUAUGCAGACUAUGAUAUUUUAAAUACAUAUUUGAAUGACCAUCGGUAUUGAGCAAUUAAUUAUUUUUUGUGACAAGCGGGUUUGUAUUUUAAAAAAACAAUACUUAUUAUAUGUUCAAUUUUCCAUAUAAAGAUAAUCUAAACGAACAUAAAUUGGUGUUUAUUUAUUACUGAAAAAAACUUAAAACCCACAAAUAUUUAUUGAAAAAGUUAUUGUCACCUGAAUUCGUUUCGAAUCCGAAAUUAAUAGUUUUAAUAAAAUGGUUUAUUUUCAUAAGAGAUCACAAUAUAAAUAAUAAUACGUAAAUAAAUCCAACCAGUGUUUAAAUUUUAUUUAUUGCAAUUAAUUUCUUUAAAACUAUUGUAACACUUGGUGCGCUAUUCGACUAGUUUUAUGCUUUAUUUCACAAGCAAAUGAGUUUACUUACUUAGGUAGUAAGAAUUCUUUGAUCUCACGUAUUUUAUCCAAAUAAUUCUAUCUAUAUCAGACAAUCUUAUGCAAGGAGACUGAACUAAUUGGUUAAAAGAUAAUCUAAAAUUUUCAAAUAAAUUCAAAUGUUGUAUAAUUAAGUGACAAUUUCUCACACAGACAAAUUUUAAUAAAAAUAACAUUAAAUUAUUGUGUUAUUAUUCUUUUAUUUUAUUAAAAUUAGUAUUCAAUUUUAUCUGUAGGUCCAUGUGUCUAAUUGGAUAAGCAAUUUAGGUAUAUCGUUCAACCGUUCUGUUUGGAAUGCAUUUGUCCAGUGCGCUGAAGAAUUUUGUUAUUACGAUGAUUAUAAUUGGGACUGGAGUUUGCAGAAAAUGACGAAAUAUUGCAAUGGUCAUACUUUUUUGACUUCUACAUUACAAGAUUCUCGGUUUUAUCACAUAGGAAAAUGGUAAAUAUUUAAACAUGAAUAAAUAAAACAACAUUGAAUUUUAAAAUUUCAAAAAUAUCAGCUCUUCUGUUUAUGGAUGUUUAUUUAUUUUUUUUAUUGAAAAACUUGCGUUAGCUUUCUUUUUGCACUAAUAAGACAACAUUUUCUACUUGAAACCACUCUUGAAGUUGAUGCAAAGCGAAAACUGAAAAAAAUGUACAACAUAGGUAUAUAUAUUAUCAUAAUAAAAUUAAUUCACAUCACUCAGUGCUUAAAAUUCAUGAAGUAAACCAUUUACUAUGAAUAUCACAUUGAUUUUAAAUGAUUUUAUUCCUAAGGUUUAUUAUUACAUCUAAAGUUAAAUUAUCCAAUUCAACAAAAUAGAGUUUUAAAUUAUUUUUAACUUUGCAUUAAAAGCCAAAUGUACUAAUACAAUUAUUUAACUAAAUUAAAUAUAAUGAUAUAUUAUCUAAUAAUUAGUUAAAAUAAUUUUGACGUAAUACAUAUUAUGAGUAUAAUGUUUAGAUAAAUCGUACGAAAAUUCGAUAGUAUAGUUACUAUAUUUCAAUUUUCAUUUAAUAUCGAACUACUUUAUAUUAUUCAGUGGUAUAUGUAUAACAUAUAAUAUUAUUUUUUAAGGUUUUAUCUAGACCAGAUGAUCCAUUUAAGUGGGUACAUGGGUCGGAGGAGAGUAGUGGAGUAUCAUUUGUGUGGCGGUACGGCGUGCGGCGCGUUAAUAAUGCACCUCUACACUCUUCCAAUCCAAACUUAAAAGUGGAAUAUCUCGUCAACGGAUUGACGAAAAUCAAAAUUGUCAACACCAAAAAUUUAUUUUAACUAAUACUCCAUCCAUUUAUGGGCUUUCUAAUAUAGGUUGCCAUUUGUAAGGCCUAAAGUAGGUAGUGGUUUUACCCCCCAAAAAUAAGGGUGAAAACAAAUAAUAUAAAUAUAAAAUUUUAGAGCUGCUUGUUUCCUAAAUGUUCUAAAAUAAAAAGUCCGAAAAAAGUUAAUACUUUCUGAGAUAAUGAGUGUACCCACUUCAAUUGAUCACUCUGUAUACGCGCAAUAGGUAAGUGGAUUACUGGCUGUGAAACUACAGGUCUGACGUCACAGCAGAGUGACUAACGAUAAAACAAAAUUGGGUGUUCAUAAAGUAUUUUGAAUAAAAGUAUAUAAUAUUAAAUUAAUACAUUUUAAUGUUUAUGCAAAGUACGAAGAAUUAUGGUAACUCCAAUGACCAAACAUGAAAUUAUUAAAAUGUUGUGUUAACAGGUACCUGCAUGAAUAGCCCCAUCAAUAAAUAUUAAAUUUACUGUAAAAGCCAAAAUCAGUCAAUUGUGCUCAGCUGACAGCCACAUUAUUGAAAAUAUUAGUAUACAAAAACUACAAUAUUAAAGAUUAUAGUUUCGUUAAAAAGAAGAUAAAUAUGAGAAUGAAGUGUUCGCAUUUUGUGUCUAUUAAACCGUUUAUUGACUUAUCGUCUUGAAAUCAAGUGCCAUAAAAAGUGUAGAAGAUUAAUACAAGUGAUACCUAGCUGGAGGCGCUGAAUUAUUUUUUUUGUGUGUAAUAAUGAACAUUAAUUUUACCUAUCUUUUCAAUUCUACAUGGAAUUAAACCUAAGUCAGGGGGGGGGGCAUAGCCAGACAGAAAUGUAUUGAUUUUACAAUGAUGUUUAUUUUAGAUUCGGAUCAUAACGAGGGAUCUAUUACCUAUUGUUUUUAUUAUGAUGUGUAUUUUAAUAUUAUUUUUUCUGUCUAAAAAUAACUUUUCUAAAAGUAAAUUUUCUCUAGUUGGUGCAUUUUUCACAAUAAUUAGGAAAAACCAAAAAAGACGAAAAAUACGUUUUUUUUUUUUAAACAAAUUACGGCACAACAAUUUCAUUAUUUAAAGUUUUUACGGCUUAUGUUUUGUACCAUAAAUAUUUAAAAUAGAAAAACGACAAGAGAUCUUUUUAUUUGAAUUUUUAAUCCAGUUGGUGAGUUAGGAAGUCGUUUUUUGUUCGUGUAUUUUUUUUUAAUAAUUAAGCGAAAAAAAAUAUAGAAAGAACGAGAAAAUAUAUGAAAAUAAUGCUUUUAUUAUUUUCAAUUUUUUUUUUUUUUUAUGCCAUUCAGUUGAAAAUAUUCGCAGAGACUUGAAAUUUAGAUAGAAUACUUAUGUUUGCCUUUUUUAGACGUUACUACGUCAAAUUUUCAAAAUAUUUGAGUCAUCUUUGAGUUAUUUACAGACAUUUAUAUUUUGCGAGUUUUUUACGUAAUUUUUAUUGGUAGGUACUCCGUGGACAGAAUUGUUAGACUAUACAGAAAUGCUUGAUAAUUUAAUAAGAGUUUCAUUAUAAGUCGUACUUUGUGAAAUAAAUAAAAUAAAAUUAGAGUGUAAUGUAGAAAUUUCUUGUUUCAUACAGAUAUACAUUGAAUUCUCCUCUUAAAGCCCACCCAUCUUGCGAAGUAUGUCUGUCUUUUUCAAUAUAAAUACAUGCACAUUGUUUGUCGUUUGAUUAGCAUAAUAAUUUUUAUUUUAUAAAUGCAUACAAAAAUCAUGUUAUUCUUUACUACAAAAAUAUAAUAAUAUAAUCUCGGAUAUAAACAAAAAUAGUUAAAUUAUUAUUUAUUUAUUUUUUUUAAUUUUAAAUACUACAAUACUGUAUAUUUAAUUUUAAUUUUAUAUAGCAUUAGCCUGAAUACAACACCAUGAAGUAUCUGUAGCCGCGUUGUAGUUUAUUAGUUACUAUUGGUUAUUUAACGUAAAACUAUUGAUUAAAUAGUUAACUGCUUUUUUCUAAUGCAAUCACAUAGUACAUACUACGAUAGUCCAGGAAGACUAGUUCGCGUUAUUUGUAAUAUUAUGGCCACUGCUUUUUAUAUUAAUUGUAAAUUGUAUAAUGUUUUAUACCUAAAAACUACCAAUGCUAGGGGGUAUAACUACCCCUUAAAUAAGAUUCAGUGACACUGUACUAAGCUAUGUUAUAUUUACUAUUCCGAAAAAUACAUAAGCAUAUCAAUAAUACUUCUGAAACGUAUCACAAAUCAGUAUAGUGUAUUGUCUAAACGAUUUUCCAGAUUUUUACACUUUUGUAUAACUUGAAAAUUAUUAUUCACCUCUUAAUGACUACUUUAACGAUAAGACUAAUCUACUGUCCAAAACCUAUUUAAAGGGAAGGGAUUUUACCGUUUUUAUGGAGGAAUAUGACGUUUUAAUACAACGAGCAGUGAGAAAUUAGACGUGCUCUCUAAUGUCCGAUUUCAAUUUUUAAGUAUAAAUACUUAUACAUGAAUUUGUUUAAGAAUUGAUUAGGAAAUUUAGGAAGUCGAAUUUUUGAUCCAAAAUAAAACCAAUGUUGGUAACCACCUAUGGUUAUUUCCUGAAUUUUCAAAAAUAAUAUGAUUAAUUUUUGAGGUAUUCGAAACUGGAAAAUUAAAAUCAAGUUUUCAAAUAACCUAGACAAUUUUUCAACGAAUUCCAUACGUACUUUAAAAAUUAAAAUAGGACAUUGGUAAGCAUGUAUAAUAUCCUACUGCCUAUGGGCCUAAAACGUAUGACAAAUAGGUGUGUUCCAACCCUCUUAAUAAAUUGGUUAUAAAUCAAUGAGAGAAUGAUCAAGGAAAUACAAAUUAUAAUAUACGAGUAAGGUAAAUACUAACUCUAAUAGCAGUUAAUACUACUCUUAUUACUAAUUAAUAAUAAAUGAACAGAUAUUGUAUAAAAUAUUUUGUUUUUGUUUUUACAACAAGACUUUUAUUAGAAAUUAUUUUUACGACGCUUGAUUUUAUGACUUUUAACUUUAUGACACCGACACGUGACUAUAGAACACUCGACCCAUAUAAAAUGUUAUUACAUUUAUGUAUAGAAUUUGAACGAAAACUAAUAAUUCGAUUGGAAAUUUAAAUUUAUACGCUUGUCGAAUAAUUAUAUGUUCGGUUUUUUUUUUUUUCUAUAAUAUAAUCAGACAUCUAACUUAGAAAAUUCAAAAAACCCUAUUUCAGCAGUACUCAAUCCUUUAAAAAAAAUCUUCAUAUAUCUCGUUUACUAUUCCGGACACAUUUUUAUUUUCAUAUUUUUUUUUUUUAUUGUCUGCCAAGUCUAGCUCUCGGCGAAUUGAAAUUACGGCCAUCUGCCAACCUAUAACGAUGAUCAAACAAGUCUCGGGACUUUUUGGUGAAACGGACGACAAGCCAUUCAAUCACGUCCCUUUAUUAUUUCCCGAGAAAAAUCUUGAGAAAAACCGUCCGUUGUACAACUAGCUCAGUGUUAAAGGAAUAAAAUUUAAAUAAACAUAUUCAAAUCCUUUAUAUUAUUUGUAUCAUAUUUCAUUAUUCUCUGCAUGAUAAACUCAUCUAAUAAUACAAUAGUAUAUCCGACUAAGAAUAAUCUAUUCGUGAAAGGAUGAUUCAACAUCUGAAAAUUGUACUAAAUAUUUAACGGAUUAUAAAUAUUACACUACAUAUUAAUAUUUCGUAUUAAGAAAUUGAUUUUUGAAUUUAAAUUACUCACAAUUUCUUUAAUACCAACAAAAUUUGUAUACACAUAAAUCAGAAAAUAGUACACAAAUUGCCAUUAUUUUAUGGUUUUCGUCUAAAUUUGAACGUAGUAUUUAAAAAAAAAAAAUGUCGAUAAAAUCGUUUGAUAUUAUUAUAGUGCGACAAGAAAAACUAGUUUUAUAUCAAAGUUUUGGAUAUUUUUUAGAUGUCAAACAGUAUUAUCUACAUAAAACCAAAUUCAAACAGUAAUAAACAUGACAAUUUAAAAUAAAACAAAUAACACAAUAUCGAUAGUAUGUUUUGAAAAUUGUACCAUGUGUAAAAAGAGUUAAUAAAAUAUAGACAAUUACAGGUUCAUACGAUUAUUUUUAACCGAAUAACAACAUUAAAAAUAACAGAAACCAUUAUUGUGUACAUUUACAAUUUUUUCCCAAUUUUUUUAUUGAAUUUUUCCAAUAAUUAUAUAAAAAAAAAAACUACAAGUAAAAUCAAAAAAUAAUCUCACCCAAUUAAUUAAUAAGACAACAAUUUCUAUCAAAAACCACCCGUAAAGUCGAUGAUUGGAGCAAGGUUUCUGGUAAAAAAAAAUGAUUUACAAACAAACAAAAAGUCACAGUAAACGAACAUAUUCCUCGCUGCGCUCAGAAUCUAAAAUAUGACAAAAAAAACUUUGUUUGGAAUGUAGGUUGUGACCGGUUUGGAUUUAAACAAUAAUCAUCGGGUAAUGAAGCGUUUUUUUUUUAUAAAAAACUUGCAUAUUAUAAUAUAAACAAAUGAGUGAGAAACGCCCAAGAGUAUUGUAGUGUAGAUUGUUGGUUUUUUGAAUUUAAAUUAAGACUUUGUAAGAGAUUAUGUAAAAUAAAUAUUAAAUGUAUCAAUGUUUGAAAUGUGCCUCGUUGUUAAAAUGUAGCUUUUAAUAAUAAAAAUAUUUUCGAGUGUGGUUUCGGCUCAAUUUUACGGCCGAAAUAACAAAUGACACGAUCAUAAUUAUUGAUAAAUUAUAAUUAAGUACCUACCUAAAUUUAUAUUACAGGGGCGGGUUGAAACAAUUUAUAGGGAGUACAGACGUUCUUAAAUCUGACCACCCACUAAUAAUUUAAACACUAGCACUACCGCUGUAAAGGACCGAUAAAAAGAGGUAUGUGCGCUUAUGGAGGUCAUUGUAUACGAGUAUAUAAAUAAUGUCCGUUUAAAUAGUUUUUAGUACACAAAUUUGCAUAAAACGCAUACAAGGGGGACUAUUUUAAAAUUCUUAAAGCUCGAACUGGGGAACUAUCUUCAUAACCUAGUUUUGACCACUGUAAUUAGAUACCUAACAUACGAAUAAUAAUAAUACAGGAGAUACAAAAUAUAAUAUUUUAUAGCUAAUACAUCAAGGUCGUAAGUGGAAAUAAUCAGGGAAAAUUGAACUUUCAUUGACUAAAAUAAUUAUUUUUCCACAACAUAAUAUAGCACUCAAUAUUUACGGAAGGGGGAGGUUUAGGUUUGGUUUCUCUCGCAUAUUUUUUGGGGUGCAGUGCACUUACCGUACGUGCUUUCAAGCCACCUUUGUUGUGUAUAGUGAAAUAUUGAAGUAAAAUAUUUUGUUUUUUUUUAGUGGCAUGCAUUACCAUAUAAACUGCUCAGAUAUGUCACAUGUCAACAAACUCAAACAGACUCUCAAGUCAUUGGAUUUGUAUCCAGAAGAAUUAGACGUGAAGAUUAUACACGGAUUGAAUCAGAUGUUUAGCGCUGGCAAUGGAGGAUGGGGAGACACCAGAGAUCGCAAGUUAUGUAUGCAUAUGGUGUUUAAUCAUUAUGUGAAUGUAUGAUAAGUAAAAAAAAAUGAUAAACGAUUCAAAUAAUAUUUUCUAACAAAAUAUUGUGAAUUGUUUACAACUAUUGAGUUAUUAUUAAUAUUAGGUAUUUUAGUUUUGAUACUAUAAUAAUGUUAGGUAAACUAAAGAUUAAGAUUAUUGUUAUUAAAAAAAUGAUUAGGUAUUUUUAAUACGAACAUUUUUUUUUUUUUUUUUUAGUGUAUAGCAAAAUAAACUUUUUAAUUUUUCUUAACUUAUAAAGUGCAGCUAAAAAUUAUUGAUUUCUGGAUUGCUUUGGUGAUAAGGGAAAACAUAUGACUUAUAGUGCCUUUUUUAGAUUUUUUUUUUAUUAGGAAUGGUUUACUGUUGUAUCAAAUGAUAUAACUUUAAUUACACUAUACUUUGUGUUCCGAGGAAAAGUGAUCAACCAACAUCUUAUGAAAGUACAUCAAAGAUGAUGAAGAAACCUUUUUUAAAGGGGGAGGGUCUACAAUUUUUGUCUUUGAAGUUAUGGGUAAUUUAUGUUUUUUUUUAAUGAAACCGCAGUUUUAUUGUUUAUCUUAAAAAAAAUGUCAACUUGUGAAUGGUUUUUUUAUAUUUUAUUUUAUAGUUAUUAUAAUUGUGCUAUUAGCCAACAUACAUAAUUAAACCAGUAAUGUACGAAUUAUUUUUAUUAAAUAGAAAAAAGUACAAAUUUGUAUUUUUAAAAAUAAAUCAAGAAUAACUCCAAAUUAUUUAUUAUUUAUUACAAGUUUUUUAUUUUAUUUUAUUUUUCUGCUGAAAAAUACCGAAAAUACAUAAAUGCUUUGUUUUCAUACUUUUAUCAUUCCUGAGUUAUUUAUACCCUUCUGAGCUUAGAAUUCUUGGAAUCAAUGAUCGCUUUAUAAAAGCUAAUUAUUGAAAAUCUCGGAAUUUUUUAUUUUCUUGCUAUUUUUUUUUUAUUAACUAUUUUGUUAUUUAUGUUGUUGUAUUUUAUGUUAGUUAAAUUUAUAUUUGCCCUUAAUAAAAAUUUAACUUUUUAAAACAAUAAAUGUUUAAUUUAUAUCAUUCAAAUUUCAUCUCCAGUGAGUUUAUUCUCCAUUAAGGCUUGAUGUCCAAUCAUAUAAAUGACAAGUCAUAUUCUGUAGCAUAUACCUCUGCAAUUAUGGGAGAUGUGAAAACAAAAAUUUUAAGAUAUUUUAGGUCGAAUAAUAAUAAAUACGAUAAAAAAAAAGACGGACAUACUUAGCACGACGAGUGGGCCUAUAGACGCAAAUAGGGUUUGAAAUUUAGGAAAGGCCGAAGCCCUAGCUACUAAAUGAAGCAAUCAUGGACUUGAUAAAUACCUAUACAAUUUGGGGAGGGCCAGACGAGAUAUUUGUCCCCUCUUGCCCAUCAGCGAGCCGUUAUUGGGCCGGGUAUUGGCUGGUGUCGGGCUAGUUUUGGGCCUCAAUCUCACAAACAUGGUUCAUGUCAUUAUGUUUUAUGAUACAUUAUUCUCCAUACAAAUUGGCGAAAAUAGGAAAUAAAUCGGAGUAAAAUUCUUCUCAAACUGAGACUUUAUAAUAUAGUAGCUAAUAGGUAAUAAAUAGGUAUUUAUAAUAGGUAUAGUAGGUAUCCCUCUACAUACAUAUUUACUAUUUAGUCAUUGUUUUCUUUGGAACAUUCAGUUUUUUCGUAUGGUAUUGCAAUAUAGGGAAGAACCUCCAGUUUAAUAAUUUAUCCAGAUUAAUAGUUACUAUAAAUUGUAUUUUUAAAUAUUUACUGAAUUUGUCUAGGCAUACUAGCUCUGCAUUAAUCUAUAAGGAAUUUGAGGUAAAUAACUUUAAGUUUAUUUCUAACCGGGCUAUUAUGAUAGAAUCUUAUAAAAAUAAGCAUUCAAUUUCUCUCCUUGAUCGCGACCAUGGUACAAGAUACAAUCACAAUAUUAACAUGCGUUUAUCCAACUGCCAUAAAGGUUUUGGUCAAAGUGGUAUCUUAUAUUAAGGUUUAAAAUUAUGUCAAUCGUUAAAUAUUAAUGUAAAUAAUUUUUGAAGUCUUAAGUAUUUCAAAAGUCAUAUUAAUCGUCUUAAUUUAUCUAUUAUUUAAUUUCUGUUUGUAAUUUAAUAUUUUACAUGGCAAAAUAAUAAUUUUUACUUUAAUAACUUUUAAAUUAUUACUGUUUAUAGUUUAUUUUAAUUUACUACUAAUAUAUUCACCUGUUAAGAACUGCUCUCCCAGCACAUGCUUUGCUAAUAGAGAGUGCUGCAAUAUUUAUUAAUAAGUUAUUAAGAUGUAAAUUGUAAAUAUGUUAUUGUUGUAAUGUAUUAUUAUUAUAUAUAUAUUAAUGGUAAAAAAAAUUGAGUACAAUGUAUUAGUUAUUAAUAUUUUUUUUAUAACUGUUUUAAAAUCAAAUUUUCGACGAAAAUUGUAUGACCUUUCAAAACCAAACUUCGCUUUAAAUCAUUUUUUGUUACCUAUUAAUGAUUUAUCAGUGGUUACAGGUAUAAAUUAAAUAACUAUGCAUCCCACCUUUCCAACUAUCCAUCUAUAACAGUGACCACACCCCUCCCCAGUAUCCAUUUUUUUUUUCAGAAUACUUUAUUUACAUUUCAUUUUUCGUAUGUUUAUGUUUACAAAUGCAACCAAAUUUUGCUGUUUUUCAGAGUUCAGUUUUUGUGUUGG